CAGAUGGUGCUGAUUGGUUUGAUUGGAGUAGUGCGAAUUGGUAUUUCUUGCGGGCCACAUUGCGCACUCGCCGGUUUUGCGUGCCGUGCUGCUUGUCACUUGCUUCACUUGUUUCGUCCUGUGCGGAAGCAAAUUCCUACGUGCGAGUUCAUAUAACAUUAGUCAUACAUACCUAUACUUGAUAUAGAUAAAUUGUGCAAGUGUCCAAAUUAAACUCUAGUGCGAAUAAAAUCGAUCGUAUUAACCUCAAAUCACAUCUUCAUCGCGUGUUGCUACUAAAUUGUUAACAGAAAAUGAAGAAUCGCACGUUUGUUAGAAGUCCUUUUAUUGAGUUGCGUCGGCAGAUAAUGAACUCGUUAAUGGGCUUGAGUUGUUGAAGUGGUCGAAGCACUCCUAGCGAGUAUAAUCUAUCAAUUGCGAGCUGGUGGAAGCGCGUGCGACGCGCUCUAAUCGCCUUAAUUGGCCGGGCACAAAUUGUACGCGACUAGCACGAAACGGAGAGAACGCAGAGAUUUGAGGAGUUGUGCUGAAUCGGCAGCGCCAGCGUAUGAUGCAUAGUUGUGUGAGGCGGCAGCAGGAGUACUGGAGCAUCGCCGCAAGCCCCCCUCGCCAGCUGCUUCUAACACCUCCUCGCUCGUUGUUGUCGCCGUCGUCAGCAGUUGCUGUCCCACGCGCCGCCUCCUGCCCGACGGCGGGUAGAAGAAUGUGUGCGCCGUCGGCGUGCUGCUGUUCCUGUUGUCGCGCGAAGAACGAUCCGGGCGACUGACACCCGCCGCCGCCGCCUUGCUCACGUCCGGCGACGGUGAUGGCGAGCUGACGACCGGUCGUCGCUCGGCGGGCCCCUCAUCCAACAGCAAUAAUCGAGCCAAUCAAGCUCAAUUGAGCCGCGUGUGCGUGUGUUGCGAUGGCCUCCUCGCUGGAGAAUCUCAGUAUUAAGCGGCAGGGUUAUGCGCCCUUCCGCACCAGGAAGCGCACGGAUCGCCGCGCCGCUGGUAUUGCCGAGCAGCACGCCGAGCUGCUCGCCCAAGACGCGCCGCCCAAAGACAUGGCGAGCGCGUAUGAAAUGCGCGUUAAUCCCGACGAGGACGACGAACUGCGACUCUGCGGCUAUCGCCCAACAGCACUCCGCUCGUGUCUCACCUACGCGGGCAUUAUCCUCACCUGCGGCUUCCUGCGACUAUUCUACCACUGGCUACCACAUCUCUAUCUCAAGAGCAGGUGUGUGCCGUGUGAUGUCACCGCUGCGGACUUUGUCCUCAUCACCGAAGCCUACAAUGACAACCAUAAAGUAUACUAUGUCAAACACCUACGCACGGUAACUGCGGAUUCACUCAUCGUCGAAGACGAUGAUGAAGCACCUGAAAAACCACGCGCUACCACUCUAUCCGUACAUUUCGGCGGGGGGCAGUUCAGACAACUCGAACGCCUGCUCACUUUCACGUGCAAAAAGGUGACGUAUAUCUGGGAUGACGAAACGCACGAAUUCGUUAAACUGCGCGGGUUGGACACGGGCGUCAAUGCUGUGCCGUUGCACGCAGCUGCUGCCGAUGGUGGGCUGUCUCUGCAUGAGGCACGUACACGACGCGCUGUCUACGGGCCCAAUGAGAUCAAAAUCAAGGAGUCUUCCAUCCCUACUUUGCUGUUUCUCGAAGUACUCAACCCGUUUUAUAUCUUUCAAGUCUUUAGCUUUGUGCUGUGGUUCGCGGACAAUUACUACUACUACGCAGCGGCCAUUUUGUUGAUGUCCGUGUUCGGGGUUACCAUGACCGUGAUCCAGACGCGGCGGAAUCAACGAAAUCUGAAAUCAACUGUGCAUUCAUCCGAUGUCUGUACGGUUUUAAGACGUAGGGAAAGUGCAAGCACAGGAGAAGGUUUAGAUUACCUGCAUACAGAAACCAUUUCAACGGAAUUAUUGGUUCCUGGGGAUGUGUUGGAGAUACCACCGCAUGGGUGUAUCCUACAGUGUGAUGCAUUACUAGUCGCAGGGAAUUGUAUCUUGAAUGAGAGUAUGUUGACUGGUGAGAGUGUACCUGUCACAAAAACACCUUUCCCACAUCUUGGAGAUCUGGUCUAUGAUGCAAAGGAACACGCUAGACAUACCCUGUUCUGCGGGACGCAGGUUAUCCAGACCAGGUAUUUUGGUAAUGCGAAGGUUUUAGCUGUUGUCGUCCGUACGGGUUUCCAAACAGCUAAGGGAGAACUUGUUAGAUCCAUAUUAUAUCCCCCACCGGUGGAUUUUAAAUUCGAGCAGGAUUCCUACCGGUUUGUGAUGCUGCUGGGCGGCGUCGCGGGUCUCGGGUUUAUCUACACACUAGUCACGAAGUUCAUGCGCGGUGUGGCCGUGGCGGAGAUGAUUGUCGAAGCGCUGGACUUGAUUACAAUCGUUGUGCCACCUGCGUUGCCGGCCGCCAUGACUGUUGGACGGCUGUACGCGCAAACACGGUUACAAAAACAGCAGAUCUUCUGUAUCUCGCCGCGUACGAUUAAUGUCUCCGGGAGUAUUGAUUGUGUGUGCUUUGAUAAGACGGGAACAUUAACCGAAGACGGGUUAGAUUUACUGUGUGUUGUUCCGGUGGAGUCUGGGAAACAUUUCGGGAAUCCCAUUAGUGAAGUGGAGAAGAUGUCCUAUGACGCGUUAUUAUACGGAUUGGUUUGUUGUCAUUCUUUGACUAUAAUUGAUAAACAAAUCACGGGGGAUCCGUUGGAUUUGAAAAUGUUUGAGAGCACCAAGUGGGUGAUUGACGAACCGGAAGUGGAGGAUAAUACAAAGUUUGAUAUGAUUUUCCCCACGGUUUUCACACCCCCGGGCGAUGGUGAUUCUAAUAUGCAAAUAGCAAGUAUUAAAGAGUUUCCGUUUUCAUCGAGUGCACAACGCAUGGGUGUGAUUGUCCGAAGAUUAGACGCGUCGUAUUUUGAAUACUAUAGCAAAGGAUCCCCGGAGAUGAUUUUGAACUUUGUGCGUCCGGAUAGUGUCCCCGAAGACUUCGGAAGGGUUCUCGAACAUUACACGCAGGAAGGAUAUCGUGUGAUUGCCCUAGCCCAUAAACAAUUGAAGAUGUCCUAUGCGAAAGUAGCGAAAGUUCAACGCGAAGCUAUUGAAAGCGACAUGACCAUGUUGGGUUUGAUUGUUUUGGAGAAUCGCUUGAAAGAUGCAACUACUCCAAGCAUUGCAGCAUUGAACGAUGCACGAAUUCGUGUUGUUAUGGUCACAGGCGAUAAUAUAUUGACUGCGGUGAGUGUCGCACGUGAUUGCGGCAUUGUACAACCGUCACAGUCGGUGAUUAGUGUUAAUGUUGAUAAUGGCGCUGUGCAUUACACACUAACUGCCACCAAGGAUAAACCGGGAGGUGUGGAGUCCAUUCUGUCGAAUUCCUCGAGUGUUGUAUCAUUGCCAACACUAGAAAGUCAAACAAACACUGAUGUUGUGGUUGAAAUUGGCAGAGACGAUGUAAAAUAUAAUAAUUACCGGUUUGCGUUGACGGGGAAGGUGUGGACUGCGAUUCGCGAUGAUCACCCGGAGUUGAUUCCACAGCUAGUCACCAGGGGGAGUAUUUUCGCUCGCAUGGCGCCGGAUCAGAAGCAGCAGUUGGUGCAGGAGUUGCAAGCGCUUGGCUAUUAUGUCGCUAUGUGUGGAGAUGGUGCAAAUGAUUGUGGAGCAUUGAAAGCAGCCCAUACUGGUAUAUCCCUCUCGGAUGCGGAAUCUUCAGUGGCGUCACCAUUCACGUCUAAAAACCCGAACAUUACCUGUGUGCUUAGUAUAGUUAAGGAAGGCCGCGCUGCUCUGGUGACAUCUUUCGGCAUUUUCAAAUACAUGGCGGCGUAUUCACUCUGCCAGUUCGCGUCGGUGUUGAUUUUAUACAGUAUCGAAUCAAAUCUAACGGAUAUCGAGUUUUUGUACAUCGAUUUAUUCAUCAUUUCGAUCUUUGCGUUCUUCUUCGGUCGUACCGAAGCGUACAAAGGUAAACUCGUCAAGGAAACACCGCUGAAUAGUCUAAUAUCUCUCGCGCCGAUUGUCAGUAUUUCAUUGCAGUUGAUUUUGUUGUUGGCGGUGCAAACAAUGGCGUUCCAACAUGUGCAGAUGCAAUCGUGGUAUCAGCCGUUUAAUGCCUCAUCUAAAGAGGAUAAAGAUGCUGUGGGAUGUGUGGAGAAUUAUACGGUGUUCACCGUGUCGAGUUUUCAGUAUAUUAUCCUUGCGAUUGUGUUUAGUAAAGGCGCGCCGUAUCGCGAGAGUAUUUUCAGUAAUUACGGAUUAUUAAUUUCGGCGAUUCUAAUGGCGGCGUUCAGUGUCUACAUGGCGCUGGACCCGAUGCCUUGGUUGCAGGAUGUGUUUGAGUUGGAACUCGCGCAGGAGAUGCGCUUCAGGGUUUAUUUAUUAUUAUACGCCGGCGCGCAUUUUCUAGCUGCCAUCGCUGCGGAGGUCAUCAUUGUCGAGCAUUGUCUGUUUAAAAAGAUGCGCGAUAAGUGUGCGGAUAGUUCAAAGCGGAAAUUCAUUGCGAUCGAGCGCGAAUUGCAGCGUGAUUCAAAAUGGCCGCCGCUUACGUCGCAUUUCCAUAGUGCUGCCAGUCCGAUGACGCCGCUGCCAUCUUGCGAGGCGGAGAUUGUCAUCGAGAGCGAACAAUUCGAUAAGAAUCACGUGCUGAAUUCGUUCUAUCGUGCGCCUGAUGAAUGCAGUAUUAACGAGCAUGAUUGUGAUGGUUCGGUGGCGUUGAAAUCCAAUGGGAGUAUUGAAUACGCCGCCGGUGGGGCAAGCACACAUAGCACUCCUGUGCAUUUUCAAUCCGCUGUGCAAUUACAGUUGCAGUGUGACGGUGAUGAUGCGGAGAGUAUGGGUAGUUUUCGCACGGCGCCGGAUGCGUGUAAUACCGGACCCAAUACGCCGAUCUAUAAAGGUGUGUGGCCCAAUGGUGGGCACAAUGGACGCAUACGGUCGAUUAGUCAAUGCGAUGGUAAUGGCUUUCUAGAAAUGGACGUCAUUCGGUGAUGUCCGCAGAUGUACACGAUGUACUUAAGCGUGUUCUAGUAUUAUUAGUUAAGAUACAUAGAAAACCAAAAAAAUCAUUUAGUUUAGUAUUGUAUUAAUAGGAAUAACGUUAUAGCUGGUCUAUAAAUAUAGAUUAAAUUAACUUAGA